AUGAAAAUUAAUCACCUAUAUUUAGUAGAAUCUACAUUGAUCUCUAUACAUUUUCAGCAGCAAAUGUAACGAAAUGCAUUCCUACAAGCCCUGAAAACAGGUACUGUUAGAAUAUGGCAAAGACAACGAUGCCACUGGCCAUGGGAUGCCAAACCUUGUGUACAUCUCCAGAGAGAAAAGCACAGAUUCUCCCCACAAUUUCAAGGCUGGUGCCCUUAACGUCCUGCUCCGAGUAUCAGCCACCAUGACAAAUGCACCAGUGAUCCUAACCCUGGAUAGCGACAUGUACUCCAACGAUCCACAAACGCCUCUGCGGGCGCUGUGCUACCUUUUAGAUCCUUCCAUGGAUCCAAAACUAGGGUACAUUCAGUUUCCUCAGGUUUUCCAUGGGAUCAACAAGAAUGAUAUCUAUGGUGGUGAAAUGAGGCAUGUGUUUGAAGUUCAUAUGCCUGGAAUGGAUGGGCUAGCCGGCCCCAUACAUGCAGGUUCUGGAGGUUUUUUCCGGCGAAGAGUCUUCUAUGGUUGCCCAUCUGAAACCCCAGAAAUGAACCAGGGUCGGCAGGUUAGCCAUUCAAUCAAGUCUAGAGAGGUUUUGGCAAUGGCACACCAUGUCGCAGGCUGCAAGUAUGAGAACCAAACCAAAUGGGGCAGAAAGAUGGGCUUUAGGUAUGGCACUUUGGUUGAGGACUUGUACACAAGCUGUCUGCUGCAAUGUGAAGGAUGGAAGUCCAUUUAUUGUAAUCCUAAAAGGCCUGCAUUUCUAGGGAAGUCACCCAUCAACCUCCAUGAUUUUCUGAAUCAAACCAUGAGAUGGUCAGUUGGCCUUCUUGAAGUUGCCUUCUCCAGAUAUAGCCCAAUCACCUUUGGAGUCCAAUCGAUAAGCCUCCUUUCAGGGUUAUGUUUUGCCCAUUAUACCUUCUGGGCGAUUUGGGCGAUUCCAGUCACCAUCUAUGCCUUUCUCCCCCAGCUAGCUCUGCUCAAUUCUGCCUCAAUAUUCCCAAAGAUAUCAGAUCCUUGGUUUUUGUUAUAUGUGGUUCUUUUCCUUGGAGCCUAUGGACAAGACUAUCUUGAGUUUCUAUUAUCCGGCAGGCCGACACAGAGGUGGUGGAACCACCAGAGGGCGUGGAUUAUGAGGGGACUAUCGAGUUUCACGUUCGGGUUGGUUGAGUACUUGCUGAAGUAUGUUGGCAUUUCCACAUUUGGGUUUAAUGUGACGAGCAAGGUGGUUGAAGAAGAACAAAGCAAGCGAUACCAGAAGGGGAUCUUUGAGUUUGGAGUCCCAUCCCCGAUUUUCUUGCCGCUAACCACAGCAGCAAUAAUCAACUUUGUCGCAUUCCUAACCGGCUUCGCAAAAGCCUGCAGGCAAAGAAGCAUAGAAGAUGUGUUUCUUCAAAUGUUCUUGGCUGGUUUUGCAGUGGUGAACUGCUGUCCAGUAUAUGAAGCCAUGGCCUGGAGGAGAGACCAAGGGAAAUUGCCUCUGAAAAUCACUGUGAUUUCUGUAGUUCUAGCAUGGGCUCUCUACUCAGCAUCCUCUAUGGCAUUUUGACUUGUCUCUAUAGAAUUGUUUUCGAGUUCUAGUCUGUACUGUUUACGUUACCUUGUACUCCCUGAUGAUAUUAAUAAACUAGCAAUCAAUCUCUAAACUA